AUGGGUCUGGCGCAGGGUCCUGAGACUUUGGCCAAUUUCAAUGGCCGAACAUUGUUCCGGGGUCCAGAAUGCGGAAACAUAAGGCGCGCGCACACGUAUAUGUGGCUGUCAAGCAAGUUAGUCAAGGUCCCCGCACACGAUCCGUAUAGGCAGGAGAGAACCGAGGCGGUUGCGCAAUUAUGGAGCGGCUUCGACAACCCGACAUGUUCGCUGUGUUUCCAUAUUACCUGGUUGGUCGAGCAGCAAGAUGGUGUUUCGCACAUUGAGCUGCCGAGAGGCACCCUAAGAAUCUUCCCGGACAUCGAGGAAAGCGGCAUGGAGUUUUCGGUUGACAUAAUGCAAUACACGCGGGGUCUGUAUCAGGGGCUGCCGCGUCGAGACGGGCGUACGACAUUCACGAUUUGUCUUUCGCUGUAUGCGGAUGCAGGAGACGUCAUCGACGAGGAAGCCAGCAUGUUUCUCCCGACAAGGGUCAUUGUGGUCAAUCCCCCAGGCCUAGAAGGCGAAGGUUUAGUGCAGCUCGUCGAAACGACUGCAAUCCACGUUGGAUCCUACACCAUCCUUAGUCACUGCUGGCCCUGGACUCUGCCCCCAACUUUCAGAGACGCCGUAAUACUUACCCGGGAUCUGGGAGCAGAGUAUUUGUGGAUCGACAGCCUUUGCAUCGUGCAGGACGACCCUGCCGACUGGGAAAGGGAAUCCGCCAAGAUGGGGCUGUAUUAUCAUUACGCCACUCUGGUCAUCGCCGCGACUGGCGCCCAGGACUCGCAUGGCGGCCUCUUUGAACCACGAAGGUUGUUCGCGCGGAAGACGGACAUGCCAAUAUUUGACCUUCCGUCAUUCACGGAGGAUGGCGUCCAGGACGGGUGGUUUCACAUGGCCACGAUGCCUUCCCUGCAGGGCACUCACCCGGCACUUAGCAAGCUAGCUACCCGGGCGUGGUUCUACCAGGAGUGGGCACUAGCCAGGCGCGUUGCUUUCUUUACGCCCAGUCAGCUGGUGUGGAGGUGCCAAGGGGAAUAUCGAACAGAGGCUAUCGCAGACGAGCACACCAGAGACGACUACUGGGAGGACGAGCCUGAGCAAUGCCGCCAUGCUUACGAGAUUGUCAACACAAAGUGGGACAUCGGCCAUUUCGACAACGCCCAGUGGAUGCGAGACAUUAGCGAGUACAAUUGCCGAGCUCUCACCUAUGAAUUGAACCGCGCCCAUGCCUUCCAAGGCGUCGCGAACAUGUUUUCGCAACGCUAUAGGCCAAGCUACGCGUUUGGACACUGGGUCGAAGAUAUGCCAUCCUCGUUGCUGUGGAGCAAACCUCGGAGCACAGGGCCGAAUAGGUUUGAACGGCGCGCCGAGAUCCCCACCUGGAGCUGUUUCUCGGUAUCUGGGCCGAUAGAAGUUGACUCGAUCAUCUUCAGAAACACCGAAUACCUCAACGAUGCGUCAAAAGAGACUGCGGAAGAAUCAAGUGGAAGUUCUAGUCAUACCAGAGAAGUGGCGUGGAUUUCUCCUUACAAGGAGAAGAUCAUCGGCUCCGUCACUGCUGCCGAAAAGCAGCUAAAUAUCAAGAGUUCUGCUUUGCUGCUCGAGCGCGCAGUGGCCCCCACAUCCAACGCUCUGUGCUACGUCCUGCGACCAUUCAACCCCGAUGCCACAAUCCCAGCUUCUACGACUCCCGGUCCAUCAGUCCUAGGACAGAGAGGACAAAAUCCAUACAACUAUCGUCGUCUCGGUUUGCUAGACUACGACAUCCGAUGGGGGAAUCCUGAAUUGCCACGGGAGAUUCUCCCUGGAGUGCUAAACGUGCCGAAACACGGUAUUUGCUUGGACAUUGCCCAAGAGGAGAGUCCUUCGCAUAUGCUGCUUGUCCUCAUCCAAGAGGCCGCAAACAGCAGCCCCCGAGUCUACUUCGUUAGCCCCGAAGGUCACUUCGACAAAACUACCCAAGAUCUUGAGAAGGAUAUUUAA